AUGUCACGUAACCCAUCAGCUGGUCUGGAAAAUACUCUAUUUCAAUUGAAAUUUACUUCGAAGCAGUUGCAGAAACAGGCUCAAAAAGCCUCCAAGGAAGAGAAGCAAGAAUCUAAUAAACUGAAAAAAGCCUUGAACGAAAGCGAAGAGAUUGCUAGGAUAUAUGCUUCAAAUGCGAUAAGGAAGAAGAAUGAAAGGCUGCAGUUGCUGAAAUUGGCUUCAAGAAUCGAUUCAGUCGCUUCUCGGGUGCAAACUGCGGUCACAAUGAGACAGGUGUCGGGAUCCAUGGCGUCUGUGUGUCGAGGUAUGGAUAAGGCUUUGCAAAGCAUGAACUUGCAACAAAUUACAAUGAUAAUGGAUAAAUUUGAGCAACAGUUUGAGGACUUAGAUGCAAGCGUUAACGUCUAUGAGGACAUGGGAAUAAGCUCAGAUGCUGUCAUAGUCGACGCGGAUAAGGUGGAUGAAUUGAUGAGCAAAGUGGCCGACGAAAAUGGGCUGGAAUUGAAACAAAGUGCGAGACUCGAUGAGCUACCUGACCUUGAGCAACCCGAGAUAAACGAAGAAAAAGAAGACAAACUGGCACAAAGAUUACGUGCGUUGCGUGGCUGA